AGAUAUGCACCAAAUCCCUGAAAACAGAAAACACUCGGAAACAUACAACCGCGCGGACAUCAGUGGAUGUAACUUGACGGGUACAUAAAACUGGUGCACGUAGAGAAAUGUUGCUUUUUUUUACAGUAAACAAAGGCCGCCCUGAUACGAGGUGAAAUGAGUUCAGCUCGGCUGUAAAAAGCGGCGGCGCUGCUCCGUGUCGUGUGUUAGUCGCUAGAUGGCAGAAGGAGCCCAGUUUCUGGGGGAUUAGCGGGGUCGUGGAAACCUGCGGCAGCCUGCGUUAUUUGGAAAUAUAACAUCUAAUCCAAACCAUGAGAUGGCAUUCAAAGGAAAAGCGGUCGACUCGAAGACCGUGCUCUUCAACCUGCUGCUGUGCCUGGCCAUAUUUUACUCUCUUUUCUACAUGAUAGGGAGUGUUUGCUUCGGUGCCUUCAGGUUGGAUCACUUUGACGGAUUGAUCCCAUUUGACUUUAAGACCGAACCUGCUGAGUCCAACUCCAAAUACUUGGUGAACCUCCUGUCCUUGGAGCUCACCUACUUUUGCAGCGGCCUUUUAUUUGCUGCAGUGGUGAAGAGGCGGGUGUGGGACUACGCCCUCACUGUCACACUCCUGCACGUAGUGAUCACCAGCCUAGUCAUGUUGGAGUUUCCUGUGGUGUGGCAGUGGUGGCUGGCUUUGGGCAGCGGCUUGUUCCUGAUGAUCUGCAACGGUCAGCUCAUAGCUUACUUCACCUGCCAGAGCGAGCAGAGCUACGCCUCAUUCAGCAUCUACUGACAGACUGUAAGCGACCUCGGGUAUAAACUGUUUUCUAAACAGUCUUGUGAAGUGAGGUAGAAGGGAUCGGAGCAGAUGCUCUCUUCCUCGAGACACCCAUUAGAUCCUCCGCAGUGAUGGGCUUUUUCUGUUUGUCACUAAAAAAAGACUCCUCGCCAUCACACAGAACAUUUCAGAGCUGGGUCCAAUUUGUGUCUAAGCUUUGCCAACAGACUGGCAGCCUGUCGUUUUGUCAUUAAAUGACACAAAGAGAUGCUUCCUGUAUUUUACUUGAGAUGCACAAUGGCUUUGUCAUUAUGCAGCAUUAAGGCAGCCCGAAGAAGUAUUGUAAGUAAACUGUGAAUGUAAAUGAGAACGGGACGUUUGCAAUAUACAUUGUAUAUUUUAAAAUAUAAAUGGGAAGUGUUACCAAAUAAAACAGCUGUGAGUGUU